AAGUACAAUGUAUAUGUUGUUAAAUGCAACUGGUUGUUACUACACAAAGAUGCAACUGAGCACAUUUUACAUUUAUACUAUAUCAUGAAGUAGCCUUAAAAAAACCUUUAAAGUUAUUCUGUCAUGACUACAGUCAUGUUCCAAAUAUGUUUUAAUUGUCUUGUGUGCAACACUGGAGAAAUAUAUUAGGAUUUGUUUUUACAGUUAUAAAUGAUGACUGAAGAUGUAAGAAAACAAACAAAAAAAUACAAAUAAAAUAAAGUACACAUAUAAUACUGUAGUAUGAUACUGUAGACACAAAGUAGGCUACAGUAUUAUAAGUUGUCCAAACAAAGUUCUGUAGCCAUGCAUAAUAGCUCAAAUUGAAGUCGUGAAAAAUUUGGCACUUUGAUAAGAAUUAGGAGUUUAUGGAAUGGAUCUUGAUUCGGAAUAUCAAUAAAUCUGCUUAAAAGGGAGUUUACAAAACUGAUCUAAAUGAUUCGACUUGCUUUAUCACACAAAGCUAUCGUAUUGAUUUACAAGAUAGUUAUUGUUCAUGGACUACCUACUUUGAUUUUGCAUCUUUUUAAGGCUGUGUUUCUUCAGUCACCAUUCAUUGGCAAUGCAAACAAAUAGAAGGCUUAUAUUUUUCCAAAAUGUGUUCUUUUGUUUUCUACAGACAAUCUUGCAGGACGUCGACGAUGAGUAAAUUAUAACAUAAUUAUCAUGUUUGCAUGAAUUACCGCUUUAAAUGGCUGUAUAAACGACUCUGUGAUUGUGCGUCUCAUUAAUGACAGUUUCUUGAAGACUAGGGGAAGGAUGUACGCGCCCAGGGGGAGGGACGAAAUCAAAUCCACCUCACCCGCUUUCUGCUCGCAAAAAGCACAACUCAGCCACACAACCGGGAUCCGCAACCAUCCUUUUUACAGGUUGGUCCUUCUCGAUUCAUUCACGAAUUUGUUGCUUUCUUUUGGAAAAGGAGACGGACUCCCUAACUGCGAAGCUCGAUGAAUUCUGCGGGGAGAGUGACUUUGUUUUUUCUUUUAAUUGCCCUGAUCACGCAAGAUUGUAUAUCAUCUAAAGGAGAAGACAGGCUGUUUCGUCGUUUAUUCAGGAGGUAUAAUCAAUUCAUUCGGCCAGUCGAAAAUGUGUCUGACCCUGUCACUGUGGAGUUUGAGGUCUCCAUCUCACAGCUUGUUAAAGUGGAUGAAGUCAAUCAGAUCAUGGAAACAAACCUUUGGCUGAGACAUAUAUGGAAUGACUACAAGCUGAAGUGGUUACCAGUAGAGUUUGAUGGAAUUGAGUUCAUCAGAGUUCCAUCAAAUAAAAUCUGGAGGCCUGACAUUGUACUUUACAACAAUGCUGUUGGGGACUUCUUGGUGGAAGACAAAACCAAAGCUCUGUUGAAAUAUGAUGGAACCAUCACCUGGGUCCCUCCUGCAAUCUUCAAAUCAUCCUGCCCUAUGGACAUCACUUACUUCCCCUUUGACUAUCAGAACUGCUCAAUGAAGUUUGGUUCCUGGACCUAUGACAAGGCAAAGAUUGACUUGGUUCUCAUUGGCUCAAAGGUCAACCUUAAAGACUUUUGGGAGAGUGGAGAGUGGGAGAUCAUUGAUGCACCCGGUUAUAAGCAUGACAUCAAGUACAACUGCUGUGAAGAGAUCUACCCAGACAUAACAUACAGUUUUUACAUACGCCGACUGCCCCUCUUCUACACUAUUAACCUUAUCAUCCCCUGCCUCCUCAUCUCAUUUCUGACAGUACUCGUCUUCUACCUUCCAUCAGACUGUGGCGAGAAAGUGACAUUGUGCAUCUCUGUACUCCUCUCUCUCACUGUGUUCCUUCUUGUCAUAACAGAAACCAUCCCCUCCACCUCACUUGUGAUCCCCCUGAUAGGCGAGUAUCUUCUCUUCACCAUGAUUUUCGUCACCCUCUCUAUUGUCAUCACCGUCUUUGUAUUGAAUGUGCACUAUCGCACCCCCAUGACCCAUACUAUGCCUAGCUGGGUACGUACUGUCUUCCUCCGAGCUUUACCCCGCAUCAUGCUUAUGCGCCGGCCUCUCGAUCUAUCAGAGUCCUCUGGAAAAGUAGGACUAGAAAGCGGGAGCUCUUCUGCGACUGGAGCGGGACGAGGUGGAGAGGGAAAGAAGAGGAAAAAUAGUGGAUCCCAACAGGGAGCGAUGAACUCUUUGGAAUUUGGAGAAGGGAAAGCAGCAUUAGAAGGAAAGAAAGGGGGAUGCCCUUGUCACCCAAUGAAAGAGGCAACCGAGGGUGAUUGUGGGAAAGUGAGUCGUCAGUUGAGUCCACAGGCUAUUAACACAGUUGUGGCUUUCUCUGUGGUGUCACCAGAAAUCAAACAGGCUAUUGAGAGUGUGAAGUACAUUGCUGAGAACAUGAGGAGUCGCAACAAAGCCAAAGAGGUGGAGGAUGAUUGGAAGUAUGUUGCCAUGGUGAUUGACCGCAUCUUCCUUUGGGUCUUUGUGCUGGUGUGUGUGCUGGGAACUCUGGGGCUUUUCCUACAACCUCUAAUUGGCUUCUUCUCGUAAUUAACUAUGAAACACAGAUGCCAGCUUACCUGUUUUAACCAACACUUAUCAGAGUCACUGACAUGACCACAGAAAUCCAUAUAUAUGUAGUGACGGUUUUCCGUCGCUACAACAAAGCUCUUUUAAAACUAUUUACUGGUUUCCUUGCACAAAAAGAAAAUACCUAAUCAGGUGUUCUGUUUUUCAAUCUGCCACUAAUCAAUUGAAGACUUAAUGACUGCUUUUUGCCUUUCUAAUCACCUUCCAUCUUGAAGCACUGCAAUGCCCAUAAGAAGACUAAUAAGACUGAUUGGUGCUCUGUGUCCACUACUUACAAUUCCACAUUCCACUUACAAGUUCUGAUUACAGGCACAUCAUAUGUGGUGUUUUAUACCAAACAACAAGACCAUCUUGUCUCAACCAACUACUCAACAGUCACUCAGGAAAAUCUGCAACAGGCAGUGGUGUUUUCCUUGCCAGGGGGAAUAGAGGAAAUCUAGUUAAAAAAGUGUUGUGUAGAUUAGUUCACCAAAAUAUCUGAGGAUAAACAGUGAGCUAUGUGAUUAUGGGAUGAAAUUAGUCAAGAAUUGUGUUAUCUCCAAAUAGCUGUGAGUUGUAGCAUGGCUGCAUUCCAGAAUAAAAUGACUAAUCAGGUCCAUUUAUGCCAAAUAAUUUGUGUUUAUAAUGAGAUUUAUUGAUUUUUUUUCUCAGUGUGUCACAUCCUAUGAUACUGCAUGGUGAAGUUUUUAUUUUAUCAUUUGAAGCAGAUGUAUUGACCAUGAUGUCUAAAUCUAUAACUGUUUUUAGUUCUGUGCAGGCUAUUAAAAUGACUGCUUUUCCUCCCUCUCUUACACUCAUGCUCUCUCUCUCUUGCUCCAUCAGAGACAUAAUCCCCUCUUUAAUACCAGCAUUUGCAUUUUUUUCCACUACCACUUGUCAGCUUCUAACACUUUUGUAAAACAUUUUUUAAACAGAUGUCUUUCAAAUAAAAUAAGUUUUUUUUUUUUGUUGUGCACACUA